UCUUCUAAGGUUUUCUUUGAGUUCUUUCUUUAGGGUUCUGUAAUUUUCAGUAUAUAGAUCUUUUGCCUCUUUUGUGAAAUUGAUUCCCAAGUUGAAAGUUCUAGGUUGGGAUUGUAAAAGCUCAGUGGUAGAGCGCUUGCCUAGCACAUGGCAGCACUGGGUUCGAUCUACAGCACCACAUAAAAAUAAAUAAAAUAAUGAUAUUGUGAAAAAAAAUCUUAAAAAAAAAAACUCAUUCAGUUUUGGGUCUGAAAUUCAAUUCCCAUUGAUUUAUGCAACUCCAAUGAAUUAUCAGUAGAUGGCAGUAGAUUGUUUUUAUUUGUUUCCAUUCUAUUGUAGAGAUACAGAAAAAGCUCACACACCCAAUUUUACAGCAGAUAUCCUUUCAUGAUUAGUUGGUUUAAAUAAAUGACAUGCACGAGUUCUUCAGCUUACAUUGCUUUAGAAAAAGAUAGUCAAGAAGUAUCAGUUAUAUGAUUAUUUUCAUUGUAUAAAUCUGGCUUCAUUCUUUAAGUUACUUCAUCAAAUAUUCUAGGGAAUACAAAAAUGAAUAACACAUUAUAUUUGCCCUUUUGCAGUUUAUAGUCGAAGGGGAAAGAUAGUGUAAAAUAUUGGAAUUAAUAAGAAUAAAUGUGUUGAAUACUCACCAUGUGCUAGGAAUUUGCUUAGGGCUUUAUAUGCAUUAUUUAAUUUCAUGCAUUGUCCUUGUAGUAACACUAAUGAGGCAGGUACUAUUGUUCCCAUGUAUAAAUAAGGAAUCUGAGGCUCAGGUUAGAAAUAAUUUACCUAAUAAGCUAUGAAGUGGCACAACCUGGAAUCAAAACUAGCUUUGUCUUACUCUAGAACCUAUAAUGUUAUCUAUCAUCAUAUGAGGCAGAGAAACAAUCAUAUUAAAAGAGAUCACAUAUUCCCAGAAAGAUUAAGAAAAGGUUUCUUUAAAUGCCACCCAAAGUAGAGUUUUAAGAUUGGUUUUGAUGUGGACAUUACAAGAAACUGUGUAAAAGCCAUAUUCUGUCAGAACAGCGUAAGUUGGAGUACAGAUAGACCACAGUUAGACACCUAUUCUGGGCCAGGCAGUGCUCUUCUCUCAUGGAGUUUACAUAAGUUGAAGGAUACAGAAAAGAUAUAAAUGUAAAAGAUGUCAGUGGUAAUAGAUGUCAGUAAUAGUAAAUGCUAUUAAGCAAAGCAAGGAAACAGAAGAUGAAAGAGUAAGGUCAUGUUUUUAAGAGUGUUAUCAGGAAAGCUCUGCUAAGACAGUUAUUUGGGGGUAGGUGGGGAAAGAUUACAUUCCAAUAGACUUUAAAAAUACAAUCAAUUAAUGAAAAAAAUUGCAUUUAGUAUGCAUGAUAAUAAAAGAAUCAAGAUACUAGAUUGUCUCUAGUAUAAGACAAUUAUUGGGGGCAACAUCCUUGAGCAUCCUACCUAUGAGAUCUUCAAAUGUUUCCCAAAGGGCCUAUGAAGUGACAACAAUGAGCUCUCCUUUAUGACUUGUUGGGGCAGGUCUGGUUGAAUUGCCCUGGGGAAUCUACCUUUCUAGAGACCUCUCUGCUAAUUAAUCUGGAGGUUUGGCUUGAACAACAAGAAAAAUGAACUUGUAACUUACUGAGAUGAAUAAAAACUAUGAAAGAGCAGUUUUAGUGGUGGUAAAUGAGUGGGAAAAGGAACCAGAAUUCAAUUUGGUACAUAUUAAUUUGAAAUGCCUUUUAAAUUCCAAGUGGAGAUAUGAAGUAGGCCAUUUCAAGACUCUGUACUUGAAGAAAGACAUUUAGUCUACAGAUAUAAAUUUGGGAGUUGUUAGUCUAUAAAUGGAUUUUCAAACUGUAUGUGGGUGGCAUAACCAGUAAUAUGUGUAUGAGAAAAGUAGAUGAGAACUGAGUCCUGGAACAUUCCAACAAGUGAGAAAGAUGAGAAGGAAUUGGCAAAAGAAACCAAGUGUGGUUUUUCAGAGAAGGUGCUCAGUUCAAAUGUGUCAAAAGAUGCCAUCAGGUCAAGUAAAAGGGAGAUAGAACUUAUCCAUUGAAUGUGACAACAUAGAGGUCAGAUAAGAGCUUUAAGAGUAGAGUGGCAACUGUUUGUUUUCAUUGGUUGAAGAAGAAUGAAGGGAAAGGAAUUGAACAGCAUGAAUUGUUGCCUAUAAAUGGGAACAAGAAAUGAUUGAGUAGCUGACGGGUUACAGAAUCAAAGCAAGGGUGGUCGUGUUGGUAGGUGGUGAUUUAUCAGAGUUAUUUAGGAUGACACAUACAGCUAAAUAAAGAGUGAAUUAUGUUGAGCAAACAUUGAAAUAAUGUCUAACAAAAUGAGAAAGUCCAAGAGCAGAUUAUUGACCUUAGUUAUGAGCAAGGAUGCUUUAUUCAUUGUAAGAAAGGAUAAAUUAAUAUAUGGAUACAGGUUCAGAAAGACUAGUAGAUGAAUAAUUUAGUAACCUCUGAUAUUUUCUACUAUCUCAAUUAAAUAAGAGGAUAGGUUAUCAGCUGAAAAGGGAAAAUAUAUGUGGGAAGUUUGUUUGUUUGUUUGUUUUUAAAAUAAAACAUAUUCAGCUACUUGAGCAUAAGUGAAGCAACAAGUUUGAUUUUUCCAAGAAGAAGGUCAAGGAAAGAGCUCUAGGGGAAGUGGGAUGAAUGCAAAGGAAUCUAAGCCAGAUAAAGAAGUAAGAAUAUAUGAAGGGCUGAAGGAUCACGUAAAGGUAGAAGUGUUAAUGGAUUGGAAGUCUUGGUGUGAUUGAACAACCCUUAUAAUCAAAAUACUGAAUAGAACGAGCCAGAAAAUUAAAAUAUAGUUUGAAACUGAAAUAGUGUAUGAGGUAUUAUUAUUCCUGUGGGUGCCUGGGGAGAGUGGAUGAAAGAAGACAUCAAGGAACUCAGAGGCCAGGGUAUUAGAUUUACCAUCUGUGUGGAUAUGGAAACUCCAGAGAAAUGUAAAGGGGAAAAUGAUGCAGAAACAGAAGUUAUAAUCUAGGAGUGAGGAGGAGAGAACUAAAGAUCAACUAAUAACAAGGACAGGUAAAGCUUAGUCUGAUGGCAUGAACCUCAAAGAACCAGAGGUUUUAAAUAGAAGAGAAGGAUACUAGUUUGGUAGUGCUGACAGGGAACAGGAACAACACCUUACCUCUGGAUUUAGUAGUGAUUUGAGGAUGAAGAAGCGAUAUUUUUGGAUUUCAGUUAGAGGCAAAAGAUGAAGGGAAAGUUCACUGAAAUUGUGAAAGAUAGGAUUUUUCAGAGACCACAAUGGAAGGAUUAUAAAAUGUUUGAGGAGUAGGUAACACAACAUUAAAUUCAGGGACUUACCAAGUGAAUAUGGAUGGGUCUUCAUGACCAGGAAUGAGCCCUUGGAAAAUAGACUAUAAUGGGAACAGUGAUCACAAUGUCUUUGAUUAUGGAAAUGACACUGAUUUGGAGUAAAGAGAAGGGACUCAGCAGGAAGGCAACAUAGUUAGCAAGAACUUAGGAGGAGCCUGCAGAACUCACAGGGUUCCCUCUUCAGUCAUGCAGAUUAUGAUACUGAAGCCAGGGUAAGUCUCCAGGAGCUGCUCCAUCAAUGUAUUUUACUUGAAUAUUUCCCCAAAGAAUAAAAGGUGAUAGUAGGAAAGGGAAUAGAAAGAAGGAAGUUGUGGGCUGGGGAUAUAUGGGGAUGUAGCUCAGUGGUGGAGUUAUGUUCUUAGUAGACACAGAGGCUGCAAGUUCAAUCUCCAGUGAUGGGGUGGGGGGGGGAGAAUGGCCAUUAAAGCAACAAAAUGACUACAAAAGUGUACUUUAAUUUGAUUCUGGAGGGAUAAAGAUAUACUUCUGCCCUUAAAAUAUAAUCUUGGUAGUUUAAGAGCAUAAACUUUGGAGCCCAAAUACCUGAAUUUAAAUCACGUCUCAAUAGCUAGCUGGCUUUGGUUAACUUUCUUGAUCUAUUCGUGCUUCACUGUAUUUUUCUAUAAAAUGAAAAUUAUAAUAAUAUCUACCUCAUAGUCAAAUGAGUUAGUAUCUGUAAGCUUCUUAGCAUACUGCCAGGCACCACAUAAACACUAAACAAUAUAGAUUUUAUUGUCAUUGUUGUUGUUGUUUUAUCUAAACCACUCAUAACAAUGUCCUGCAUAAAGCAAGCACAAUAUAAAUACUUAUGGAGAGAACUGUCUGAAAGUAUAAAGGCAUGCAAUUUUAUGUUAGGUGGGCAGAAUAAGGAUGUUGUCUGUGAGCAUGAAAGGCAAACUAAAGAGCUCGAGAGAAAAAUCAGAUUUGAAUCUGUUAGCACUGAUCUGGGACAGUUCUGUGUGCUAGGAGGAAAGGACUUAGAAUAAUGACAUGAACAGAGUAAAUGGACUCGGCAUCAGGAAAGACUUCAGGAAAGUGGUACAUUUGAGGUGAGAUUUGAAGGAAGUGACCUGAAGAGACAGGAAAGAAUCAUAAAUUCUCAGGGGUGAUUAUAACAAUCUGCUAGUUAAGCUCUCAGGCUCUUUUGCAUGGUAGGAUAUUCUGGAUAGGCUUAAGUCUCCUCAGGUAGAAUCAAUUUAACAUUGUUUUUCUCUUUUUGUUUAUAUUUUAAUCCUUUAAAACGUGUGACUAAUACAUGAGUACUUUGUUUAUAAUAUUUAGGAAACAUAUUUAAGUGUUUUUAAACGUUUCCUAGCAUGUGCCUUACUUUAUAACAUUUUUUCUUCCUUCCUUCCUUCCUUCCUUCCUUCCUUCCUUCCUUCCUUCCUUCCUUCCUUCCUUCCUUUCUUUCUUUUUUUUUUCUUACAAAGCUUGUAAUCACUUGAGUACAAUUUGGGAAGAUGCACAGGUUCUAUAUAAAUCAAUUAAGAAUUUUUUAAAAAGGAUCAGUCAUCUGAAUAGAAAAAUCCUUACGUUUAAUGGGAGAUGGCAACUUCCAAUUUCAAAAGUACAUAUUUACAUUGGAUUCCAUUUACAUAUCAUAAAACCUUGAACCAUUUUCUCUGCAUAGGAAUGGACAGGCAGAUUUGGAGACCUUUUUUCCUAAAGCCGAUAAUGCCCUUACUUCUGCCAACUCAGCAUUGUUAUGUUGGAACAACUUUAUCUUCAUCUUUCAAUGGAGAAAAAUAUGUAUUCCUUCAUCUUAUCAGUUACUCCUAAAUCAAGUACACUGGCACAUGAUUUUCAACCUACUUGGGUCUUACUCUGACCAAAAUAACACUGGGCAAGAGUGCUAUUUCCCUACAUCCUAUAUUUGUGGUAGAGAUUGCCAAAGCAUUCUUAGAACUGAUUCUCACCAAUUGUGUGUGUGGUUGUUAGAAUUAUUACAACAGCCCUAUGAGGGUGUAGACUGAGGAUACAGUGAAUCAAAGAAGAAACUUACUCAAGGUCAUAAUAGCUAAAAAGCAGAAGAACCAAGAUUCAAAUACAGUUCAACUUUUCUUCCAAAAUCUCCCCCUUAUUCAUUGCCUUUUAAUUACUGGUACCAGUGGUGAAAUGUCAUUGCAUUCCUGUGACAUGUUUGACAAUUUAUAACAAUAUAGAUGUUUUUGUAGGCAUAAAGAAGGUAAGCCAGACUGUGGAAAAGAGGAGAUUACAGACAAUGAUAAUGUCAGGCAACAAGGAAAGGAAGAGUGAAGAAGUUCCUAAAGAUGGUAAUGAAUCAAUCUUAAGAAAUAAAAAAUUAAAAGAACAUUAACAAAAAAUAGUACCAAAAGAUAAUUAUGUUAGAAGGAAUAAUAAAUUAAAGUAGAAGGAGGCAGUUAUAUUUCACCAGGAAGGAAUGUACUCAGUGUUUAGAAAAGCCAUAACAACCUGAAAAUACAGGCCUAUGUUGAAAAAUCCAUCAACUAUAAUUGCUAUUGAGUUGUUGUGGUGACGCUAUAGUAUAAGUGCAAGUGGUCCAGAUUAAAAAAAAAAUGAGGUCAGUCAAAAUAUUUAUACUCUUCCAGAAAAGAACAGUUAUGGCAUUGCAGAAGACAGCUUUGAGUUGCCUGAAUUGCCUACUAUUAUUGCCUUUGAUUUUGAUUUUGUCUAGAAUCAGGGAAGAUUACCAAUCCAAAAUGUACUUUUCUUUUAAAUCAUAGAAAACACCUAAUUUUUCAUGUUCCAGUAUAGAAACAUAAGUGUCUUAAAAUAUCUGUUUUUAGUUUUUGUCAUGAACUUUAUUCUUUUGUCUAGCUGUGGGUAAAGAAGAUACAUCAUCAUUAACUGAAGUUGUAAAACAAGUUGCAAAACAACAACAAUCACAAACAUCAGAAAUAGAAAGAAACAAGAAAGUUCUGUUUCAUUUACAGAUAAUUACCUGCCACCAGAUGGAUUGUGCCCAGUAUACGAAAUAUUGGUCUUAUGACAGCUGAAGGAGAAACAUCUUUCUUGGCUAUAAGGGUGACCUCUGUGGACACAUGGUCAGUGAAUGAACUUCAUGAGCUUGAAAAGCAAAUAGCAGCCAUCUCUGCAGAAACUAAAGAAACAGAGAGGCAAAUUUAUCAGAAGGAUGCUGCCAUAGAGAAUUCCAGACUUCAGUGUGGAAGUCUGGAAUCUCAAAUCAAGUCCUUAUAUACAGAGAAUGUGAAGCUUAAGUUUGAUAUCGAAAUGGCCCAAGAAGAUUUUGAGGAACGCAUGAUAAAAUAUAAGACUUACUAUGCAAAAAUAAAAGCACAUAAAGACAGUUUGGGGGAGAUAGAAAGCCAAUGGCCAUUUAUGAUUGAACUCUGUGAAAAACGAGAUCUAGUAAAAAAACUAAAGACAAUGAAAGAGGAACUUAUACAAGAUCUCCAAAAUCCAGGAGGGAACCAAAUGACACAAGUACAGGAAGACAUUUCAAAGCUAAAGAAUGAAAUUAUAACUGUAAAAGAAUCUAUCAUUGAAAAAACUUGUUUUCUUGAGGAAGAAAAAAGGAGACAUGAAAAAUUAACAAAAGAAAUAGAGGUGCAACAUAAGAGGUAUUAUGCAAUUCUUAAGCGUUUACAUUGUCAGGUGAACAAGCUUCAAUCAAAUAGAAGACAAUGGCAAUGGAACAUUCAACAGCUGGAAAAAACUGCAGCUGAACUAAGAAAAUGUAUUGGAAUGAAAGAGUGACAUUGCCAUUGGGCUAUACGAAACACAGACCAUGACAACAAAACUUUCUCCAGAAUUUUAAGAAAACCCUUUGGUUGCUUAACAACCAGCAUUCACUGGCAUAGGCCUGUCUAAAUGACAGAUGCGUUUUCUCUUUUUUGAAUCAGUUAUCUGUUGGUUAAAGUACCUCCCAACCUUACAACGGAUGGCACUAGAUAGACAAAAGCAAUGCUUACAAGAAAACAGUGGAAGGACAAGUGUGAAUAAUAUAUUAUGCUUACAUCUUUUUAAAUACCUUUAUUUUGUGUAUUUUUAUGUAGUGCUGAGGAUCAAACCCAGGGCUUCACAUGUACUAGGCGAGUGCUCUACGGCUGAGCCAUAGCCCUGACCCCCAUUGUGCUUACAUUUUAACAAUGUUAUAUUCACUACUCUACAAAGUAAAAAAUUAGAAGAAGAGAAACAAUCGGAUUUUCAGUAAUUUAAAUUGGGUUGUUUUCAAAGUUUUUAUUAGAUCAUGCUUUUUUACGACUGCCUUCAUAGUAGCCCACAAAUAUUAUUAUUCACAAUGAUAUUAUUAUAUAUUUAAUGUUCCAGAUAUUUCACUCAGAUUUCUCUUUUAUCCAGAAGGUAACAAUCAUUUUUUCUUUCUUAUUAAAUAACAUAUUUUAGAGUA